AUGGAGUCUCUGCAGGUGGAGGAACCUCCUAGGCCUUCUCGCCGACGCUCCUGGCCUCCGGAUCCCGGCUCCCGGCGGCGGCACAGCAGCAUCCUGGUGAAGGGCCGGAGCAGCUCAGUGGCGCUCCACGAUGCGGCUUCGCGUAUGUCCACCUGCGUGUAUCUACAGACCUCGGGCCUCAGCGUGACGCAGGCAACUCUGGUGGCUUUCAACUCUGCAGUAGGCAGCUCGGUGGCGCUGGUCGGCUAUUAUCCCAGCCAAAGUGGAUGGCAAGCCUUUGCUGUCAUCAUGCUGGCAGUGGCCACUACAGCGAUGGCCCAGCAAAGUGCACUCAUUUCGACAAGCUGCCAACUUGGAGCCGGGACCUUCGAAGAGCUGUGCCAGCCGCUUCCCAAUUGGUCCAGCAGGGUCACCGUUGCGAGCUUCCUACUCUACUACUGGGGCUGCUUGGGCUUCUAUGCUCAAUUCGUCGAGGUUUUCCUGGCCGACCAGCUUUGCCCUCUCUUGUGCCAGCGAGGGAGCUCCUGGCUUUGCCAAAGCGAAUAUCGCCUUGGUCUCCUAGUUUUUCUCGUCUUUGCUCUUGUGAGUUGGCCGCCGCAGUUGAGUGGGACCGCGGCGGUCUUCAUCAACAACAUGAACUUCCUUGUCAAGUGGGUCGUGAUAGUAACAGCUGUAGCGAAAGGCGUUUACACAGUCAUAUCAGUCGAUGCCGAGAGAGACUAUGUAGCGUGGGCACCCAGUGGUUUUGUGCGGGUCGCGUGCUUGUUAAUGUCUUCCUAUGCCAACACCGGCAUUAUGCCCCAGAUUGCUGCAGAUGUUGACAAGUCGCAGCAGCAGCGAGCAGCAAAACUCUGCCCAAUCAUUGCAGUGAGCCUUCAGCUCCUGGUUUAUUUUGCAGUGGCAUACAGUGCAUACUUCGCCCUGGGCGAUGCAGUCACCCCCGGCGUUUUCGCUACGUACAACAAGCUCUACCCGGGCUACAUGACAACCAUUUUGCAGGGUGGGAUGGCCCUGUUGACUUUCUUUUCAUCUCCGCUGCUCAUCAUUCCACUGAAAGCUUGGACCUGA